AUGGUGCACGUUCCUGGCCGGCGGGGGGUGGAGAGGAAGGGCGCGGAAAGAUCCGGUAAUCUGGCCCCCGAGCGGAAAACUAGACAGGUGACGGGACCCGGAUGAAAGUGGUGAUUGGCAGCGGCCGAUAAGUACGACGAAUGGGAUAACGCCGUUCGCGCGCGUGUUGUAUCAAUUACGUACUCGGCAGCGUCAAAAUUGAUCUACGCUUAAUUGGAAAUACGCGCGCACGCGAGAGAGGAACCGUUCCGCGCGAUUUCAGCUUCGCCGGCCAUUGUAUCUCCGCGUGCAAUUUCGUAACGAGCAGCAGCUCGCCAAAGCCAACUAGACAACGCCGCGAACUGUGCGCGCGCCCGAGCGGACAAUCGCGCGGUCCCAAGUUGCCAAAGUACGUCAGGAUUGCACGUCGAGCUGAUUGUUCGAUCUCUGACGGUGAUUGAACUGCAGGACCUUUUCCGUAGGAACUGCGAAAUUUCGAGACUCGAGAGAUUCGAGUGAAACGUGAUAAGUUGACUUCAGGGGAAAUUAUAGAUUGCGAAUUGAGGGAAUCUUUUUGGAAAAGUAUAUUGUUUCAAGAAGCAAUAUAAUCUUGUCAUUUGUUGUUUGAAGAGUGAUCGCUGAAAAUUUGAAUUAAAUGUAGGAAAAUUCUCAUCAGGUACAUCCUCGUGUGGCUUUUUAAAUCGCGCGAAAGAAGCUAUUAUUUGUUACGACAGAUUUUUAAAAUUUUUCAAUUUUUUUCAAGAAAAUAACAAUUAUCUGAUCGUCCAAAAUCUCACCGCGAUUAGACGAAACCAUUGCAGUCCAUUGCAACAAAAGAUAAAUCUCGUCACGGAGUACCGAUCAAGUCUAAACUCGACCGUACAAUCUACUAGAUAUAACAGCCUCGAGAAUAUUAUUACGAGCUUCUCUGUCGAAAUUGAUACUUUUGAUACUGAUUUUGAAAAUUGCGGGAAAAACACGCUCUUCAGAGUUUCAACUUACCUUCAGUUAUCAUUAGAAAUUCAUCCUGGGGGGAAAAUUGCGUUCGUCGAAGCGGAUGGUCCAGUGAGCGAGAUAAUCGCCCGAACGGCGGAAACGAAGCCGUCGAUAAUUUUCUCCCGCUUCGAAGGCUUCUUUACGGCUCAUUUGCAUAAAUAA